AUGGCGGAGGCCGCAACAGCAGCUCAGGCUUCAUUGGAGGUCAGCAAGCGGAUACAGGUGAUAUGUCAAAGUGCUAAGAACAGCACCGCUACUGCACUUGAGCACGCAAAGAAGGCGGUUGAAGAGGCCGAAAAAGUGACGCUUGAAGAAGUCGAUGAAGUAACCUCUUCAAUGGAUGAGACGCAAAAGAAGAAACUGAAAAAAGCGAUGUUCGGUGUUUUAAACGUGUCAAAUGCUUUGUCUCCGGUGGUAGCGUACGGGGGGAGGGCGUUGGGUUACUUGAAUGGCGCAGUGAGAGUGGCUGCAGAGGCGGAGAAACUGAUGGAGGAGGCAGCGAAGCAGGCGGAGGCAGCGAAGAACGCCGUUGACGAGAUCCCCGCACCACACGCCGAUCCUCAGACGACGGAGUCGACGCUUGCUGCCACCGGCACGACGGUGACUUCAGAAGAGCAGUUGAAAUCAGAGGCCGAGCACAACGCUCAAUCACACACCGAUGCAACGAAAAACGUGGCACCGCCUGUUCCUGCAGCAAACGUCAAAGCUGCAGACGGCAGCGGCAGCCCUGUGUGGGUGCGUGCACCGCUGACGCUGCUGCUGGUG